AUGCAACGGAGUCGAGCACUGGUGCUGACCGAUUCGAUCUUCGGCUAUAGUAUGCUCUAUCCCUACACAGAUGAUUUAGUGGAUUGUAAUGAUAUGUCUCAAGACGCGAAAAGGGAGUUUGCACGGGUAUUUCACGAGCGAUUACUCAUCGGCGAACCCAACUAUGAUCCAGAGUUGCAUUUCAACGGACAGCAAUCGAAUGUGGUUGAAUUGCGACUACCACCCUCGUUACAGCCUUAUGCAGAUCGAAUUGGAAAGAUAUUCGAUAUGGUGAGGUUUAUCGAAAACGAUUGGAAACGUGGUGAGUAUAAAUGCGUGUACAUGAGCUUGGCCACUAUUCAUGAAUCACAAAUAAAGUCAACGCUACAACAUGCGCGACCCGACGAUGGAGACGUACCAACAAUGCAGCUGGUCGAGCAAGUAAGCGCAGAGAAAGGCGGUGCAUCGUUGAUUGCAGCCGGAUUUCUGAUCGAAGGACGGUUGACACGAGCGACAAUGGCAUAUUUGGAAUAUUUUGGCUUUGGUCUACAGCUGCUCGACGAUUUACAGUGUAAAUCUAAUUUUCGAGAUAGCGUAGCCUUAUCAGAAUUCGAAAUGUCUCGAGAAUUACCAAUCGAUAAGGAUAAGAAAGUAGAAGGUCCGCGUUUGGGUAGCUCUACUGAACGCGAUGCAUCCUCUUUAGAAUGCGAUAAAUCUGUAGUUUCCGUAAAGCCGAAACUUCCAUCAGCGCCUUCAGUAGCCUCUGUUUCAUCUCGGCGUCGAUCAGUUAGAUCCACUACUUCAAAAGCUGCUUCUCGCGCUUCGCUUGUUUCAAAUGACAUUCUGGAGUCUAUGAAUAAACUAAUGAUUGCAGCCAUGUCUAUGAUGAAAGAUGCACAGAAAAUACAGGCUGAUGCUCUGCUUCGCUCUUUUAACCAGCAACAAAAUGCAUCUCAAACACAGUUAACACCAGUUAAAACAAUGACAUCAGUUUCAACCGAUGUACCUAUUACUGUUGUUGCUAAUUUACGCGCAUCCGUUGUCUCCUUGCCUCCAAAUCUUUUUAAUUCCUCAAAUUUUGAUAUUUCUCAGCAUGCAAAGUCACUACCACUGGAUGGUAAGGAUAAAGGGGAGAAAUCGAAGCUGUUAGAUGAAUGUACUUCAUGUCAUCGAUCUAAAAUUUAUCCACUUUCCAUUGUUAAAAGUGAUUCUAGUACAUAA